ACGCAGCCCCUUUUCCCGGCCGCGAGACGUGCGCGAGUGUGUUACACUCACCGGCCUUCCGGAACUUCUAUUAAAAAACCAAAAAAAACAAAAAAGCAUAAAAUACAGAAAAAUCUUAAUAAAAAUCGCGAACCGGACCAAGAGAGAAGCUUGAAACUAAUAUUUAAAAAAAAAAAAAAAAAAAAAAAAAAGAGACACGGUUUUGCUUGUUUGUUUGUUUUGUUGAAAAGGAAGAAAAAAAGAAAGAGGCCUCGGGCUGCGAGCCUGAAGUUUAUGAGGAAAAAAUAUAGAAACCAAAGAAAACAGAAGGAGUGAAGGAAACGGGAGCGCGCGGAGUUCCUUCCCUCCCUGUCCCUGUUGGGCUGCAUUUCGGAGACGUGGUUCCGCCGCGAAGCCGCUUCUUCUUCUCUCUCUCUCUUUUUUUUUUCUUUUUCUCCUUCUCCCGGCCGGAGACAUGAACGCCCCCCCGACCGCCGCCGCCGCCCCCCCGACCGCCGCCACCGCCGGCUCGUACCCGAUGGCGUCGCUGUACGUGGGCGACCUGCACCCCGACAUCACGGAGGCGAUGCUCUACGAGAAGUUCAGCCCCGCGGGGCCCGUGCUCUCCAUCCGCGUGUGUCGGGACAUGAUCACGCGCCGCUCGCUCGGCUACGCCUACGUGAACUUCCAGCAGCCGGCGGACGCCGAGAGAGCCCUGGACACGAUGAAUUUCGACGUGGUCAAAGGGAAGCCCAUCCGAAUCAUGUGGUCCCAAAGAGACCCUUCGCUCAGGAAGUCCGGGGUGGGAAACGUGUUCAUCAAAAAUCUGGACAAGUCCAUCGACAACAAGGCGCUCUAUGACACGUUCUCAGCCUUUGGAAACAUCCUCUCCUGCAAGGUGGUGUGCGAUGAGAAUGGAUCCAAAGGUUACGCCUUUGUGCACUUCGAGACGCAGGACGCCGCCGACCGUGCCAUUGACAAGAUGAACGGCAUGCUUCUCAACGACCGCAAGGUGUUUGUGGGUCGUUUCAAAUCUCGAAAAGAGAGGGAAGCUGAACUGGGGGCCAAAGCCAAGGAAUUCACUAACGUGUACAUCAAAAACUUCGGGGAAGACAUGGACGAUGACAGGCUGAAGGAGCUCUUUGACAAAUACGGAAAAACGCUCAGUGUGAAAGUGAUGACCGAUCCCAUGGGCAAAUCGAGAGGCUUUGGAUUUGUGAGCUAUGAGAAGCAUGAAGAUGCUAACAAGGCGGUGGAGGAGAUGAACGGCACGGAGCUCAACGGCAGGACGGUGUUUGUGGGCCGUGCGCAGAAGAAGAUGGAGCGACAGGCUGAGCUGAAGAGAAAGUUUGAGCAACUGAAGCAGGAGAGGAUCAGUCGCUAUCAGGGCGUGAACCUCUACAUCAAGAACCUGGACGACACAAUUGACGAUGAAAAGCUGCGCAAGGAGUUCUCCCCCUUUGGCUCCAUCACAAGCGCCAAGGUGAUGCUGGAAGAGGGCCGCUCCAAGGGCUUCGGCUUUGUGUGCUUCUCGUCUCCGGAGGAGGCCACCAAGGCCGUGACGGAGAUGAAUGGACGCAUCGUGGGUUCGAAGCCCCUCUACGUGGCGCUGGCCCAGCGCAAAGAGGAGCGCAAGGCCCACCUCACCAACCAGUACAUGCAGCGCAUCGCGGGCAUGAGGGCCCUGCCUGCCAACGCCAUCAUCAACCAGUUCCAGCCCACCAGCGGCUACUUCAUGCCUGCUGUGCCACAAGCUCAGAACCGGACCACCUACUACGCCCCUAAUCAGCUGGCGCAGAUGCGGCCCAACCCCCGCUGGCAGCAACAAGGAGCUAGAGCUCAAGGCGGGUUCCAGGGGAUGCCGAACUCGCUGCGCCAGUCUGGCCCACGUGCCAGUCUGAGACAUCUGGCUCCGAGCGGCACCACGCAGAGCCCCCGGGGGGUCGCAUCUGGGGCACAGCGAGUGGGCAGCAGCAGUCAGCCCCUGGGCGCCCGCCCUCCCGUGGCUGUCCCCAGCCCCCGCGCCGUGCCGCCCUACAAAUACGCCGCCGGUGUGCGCAGCACUCAGCCUCCUGUGGUGCAGCCCAUGGCCUUGCAGCAGGCUCAGCCCGCGGUUCACGUUCAGGGACAGGAGCCCCUCACUGCCUCCAUGCUGGCUGCGGCGCCCCCUCAGGAGCAGAAGCAGAUGCUGGGUGAACGGUUGUUCCCCCUGAUCCAGGCCAUGCACCCUGGCCUCGCAGGGAAGAUCACCGGGAUGCUCCUGGAGAUCGACAACUCGGAGCUCCUGCACAUGCUCGAGUCCCACGAGUCUCUGCGCUCCAAGGUGGAGGAGGCUGUCGCAGUUCUCCAGGCUCACCAGGCCAAGAAAGACGCCACUCAGAAAGUGGGGGUUAUGGCCGCGGCCCCCGCGCCUGCCACCUCUUGACCCGCGGCUCUCGGGUGACGACGAGGCAUCCGGCAAAAGAAAAGGAGAAAACCAUCUUUUCUUUUUCAUCUUAUGUGAAGCAUCACUUCAACAGUUGACUCUUAACAUUGUCAAGAGGCUGAAUCAGUGAGAAUUAGACCUUUGAAAUAUUCUAAUGCUGCACUAAUAAACACGUUAAAACAAGGUAAA